GUGCGCGACACUGAUGUGGAACGUUAGCAUGUCAUCGUGAGCAUACAAAGACGUUGGAAGACAUUUAUUUCUCAUUUUUAAAACUAAAUAUGUUGUCUUGAUUGAGACUAGAGAAAGAGCAGAGUGUUGAACAAGUGAGUGCCGUUUGAGAAGGUCUCCUGUGAACUUGAGAGCGAUACCCACAUAUGGAUUGUUUCAACUGGAUCACCACUUUCAAGUCUUUUCUUUGUACCAACAUAUUCAGAAAGUACCGAAUUCAAUGCAUCAUACUUCUGGUUGCGAUUAUCAUACUGUGUUCCCAGCUUGACGUCAGCAGCGUGGUCAAAGACGUCUAUACCUCCUGGGAGAUGGACGACGACCACACCACACCUACUGCUUCACAUUUCCCUACACAGAAGAAGGGGAAGGUCAAACUGAUCAUGACGUACUCUUGGAGACGUUGGCGCAAUUCGUCGGCAACGAGGACGAUAAACUAUAGAAACUACACCUGCAAGAUGACGUCAAACCUGAAUGCUAUUCCCCACGCCGACGGGGUGUUAUUCGACGUGUUUUACCUGAAAUCAGACAAACCGCCCACGCGACCACACCCUGACCAGGUGUGGAUUUUCUACAACAAAGAGUCGGAGGAAAAUAUCCGCGGCCGUCAUUGGCAGUCUAAACACUGGAGACACUCCUUCAACUGGACAAUAAGCUACCGUCGAGAUUCGGACAUGCCCAACCCAUACGGAAAGAUCCUUAUGAGAAGUAAACCCGUGAAAAACUGGCUUCAGAUAGCCAAAUCUAAGAAAAGGUCGGUGGCUUGGAUUGUGAGACACUGUCAGACGGUCGGGCGAAGGGAAGAUUAUGUGAGGAAGUUGAAGGAGCUAGGAGUCCAGGUCGAUAUAUACGGUAAAUGCGGAAAGCUGAAAUUGUCGAGGGAGAAAAAAGAUGAAGCCGAGUGCUUCAACAAUCAUAGAUUCUAUCUGUCCUUUGAAAGCGCAUUGUGUGAAGAUUACGUCACAGAAAAAUUCUUUAAACUCGUGAAUUUCGACAUCAUGCCGAUCGUCAGAGGAGGUGCAAACUACUCACAACUAUUUCCAUCUGAAACAUUCAUCAACACUGCCGAUUUUAAGUCGCCAGAACAGUUAGCAAAAUAUCUGUUGUAUUUAGACAAAAAUAUUACAGCUUAUGCCGAAUUAUUGGAAAGGAAAUCUGUUUACCGAUCUAAGUACUCACCUCCUUGGGCAGAACUUUGUAAACGGUUACACGAACUUUCUUCUUAUAGAAAAAUUUAUCCAGACAUGGAGAGGUGGAUGAAAUGUCGCAAUCCUACUGGCGCCUGAAGCCUGCCGUGUUGGACCGAUUAAAGCUACUGAAAUAGUACAUAUAUUUAAAUGGACUGUCCUGAGUUUACUGCCAAUAUUUGUAAUAUGUGUGUGUGUCAGUUUUAAUGAGAUGUGAAUGUGGCAGACAUGUACUUUCUGUAAUUAUAACAUGGUAAACUUAGUUUUGUAUUUCAUGUUCCAUAACUUCUUUUCUUCAGUAUAUUUCUUUCUGUACUUGGCUUGUGUGGUCAAUUUCAAAUUGCAUGUUUUACCUGUGUGGUCAGUGAAUACCUGUGACAUCUCUUUGUUUCUUGUGAGGACUAUUUUCAUGUGCUGUCUGUGAAGACAGUGUUUUUAGUUUUGAUUGGGCUGCUGACCAUGACAUGAUCAGCUGAUGUUAGAAGGUAGCCAUUCUGCAUUUAUUGAGUUAUACUGGAUGGUGGUUUCUUUUGGGCUCCUGAUAUUUUGGUGUCCUGCAUCUUAAUAUAACAAUUUAUGUAAAGGUUUACAGUAGUCUAUAAGUGACGGUGGAUAUGGUUGAACGGAACAUCUUAAACCUCACGGGUUUGAGAUGGGUUUCGUCUCCGUGAUCUGCAGUAAACUGUGCAAAGCUUCAUAACCAGUUGUUGUCAUUUCGUGUACCGAGCAUCCUGUUACAUGAAUGUCGCAGACCGUAGUUCCAACCCGUGCAAAUGGACACCGAGUUUGGUCAAUCUACAAAUCUAUAACGCAUUAAGAUGAAUUACAAUAGUAA